CUCACAUUCACUUGAGAGAAGGAACCACAAGAAGUGAUAUAUAUUAUCAUUGGCACUUGGCCCUCCACACACUAAUCAAAAUCCAAACCAAAACAUUAUAAGGCACUCUGUUCAUUCUAGUUUUUCUUUCAUUGUUAAUUAAAAAUGGCUUCAAUGAUCAUGUCAUUUGCACCAGCAACAACAGUAAGAGUCUAUGCAGCAACAGCAGCAAAGGGUGCUGGUGGCAGCAAAGAAGAGAAAGGUCUUCUUGAUUGGAUCCUUGGAGGGUUGCAGAAGGAGGACCAGCUUCUAGAAACUGAUCCUAUCCUCAACAAGGUGGAGGGAAAGACCGGAGGCGGCACCACCAGCGGCCGCAAGAACUCCGUCGCCGUGCCGCCACCCAAGAAGAAGGGUGGCUUUGGUGGUCUCUUUGCCAAGAAUGAAUAAGAAAGCAAGAAAUUUUAGUACCUAAGAAUUCCAAGUGCAUGCAUUGCAAUUUGCAAUUUGUAUCUAUCUAUAUAUAUUCAUGUCAAUCCAUUUAGACUUCAAUCUUAUAUUUUUUACCAUUAUAAAUUGUUAAAUUUGUGUUUGUUUUGGCC